UUGCCAUGCCAUUAGCGUGGUGCGGCGUUUAAAAACGCGAGCCCUGCAGUGUAUGCACUCGCGAAUGAUAAAUCGAUAGAAACGCCUAGCAGGUUCCGAGUGCACCCGCACUAAUAACGAUGUUGUUAAAAGGGCGCGCGCGCACACUCGCUCCUUUUGCCGGGUGACUGCGUUUUCCUAAACACAAUCGAGGCAACCAAGCUGGCGAUCAAUGAAGUGUAAGCACGGAGAGGAAACGUGAACUUUCUUCCCUUUCGUGAAGGAGGCAACCGACACGGCUCUGCUGAGGACCGCGCUUUUUUCCUCGCUCUUGGCGGCGCACGCGUGCCGCUACAACGUCCUCGCUCCGAGCGCCUGGGCGAGACGAAAAAAAAAAAAAAAAAUGAUGCAUGGAGGAAGAAGCGGGCCAACGGAAAGUGCACACUUCUGCGCUGCCGCUGUAGGGCUGUUCAGCUGCCUCGUUUCUCCGUUGUUUCGUUCGAGUCGUCUGUAGCACUGGCACAGCUUAGCCCGUUCGGAACGCGAGGCUGUGACACGCCCUGUGACCCGAGGUGUAUAUAUGUGCUCAAGUGCCCGUUGUAUAUGAAGGCUUUUCGUUUUCGUCGAUUGAAUGCUACUACAUGGUGAACAGAGUGUGCCAUUGACAGGAAGGGGUGUCGGCCACUAGUGGGAGCUUCAGGGUGCUGCAAUGUGCCGAGUGCUUGGCCCGGUAGCCCGUGAGCCGCAGCAGCCAUUUGCACACUCCUCAGCUCUCUGGCCCCUCUGAGAAAGUGCCAACAUGGAAGAACUCCAACCAGAAAUGGCCGCAGCCACCACUACCACGGCCACUACCACCACAACUACCACCACCACCACCACCACCAAUAACAAUUCUGACUCUGAUGCCAGCCCUGGCCGGAGCAGCCCAGCAUCUCAACAAAGUGAACCCGGCAGCCGAGCAGCCCCCGAUGCAGCAGCCGCACGACCGGAUGUGCAAGCAGCAGCCGCUGGUUCGAGUCGGCGUCGCAGAGCAGCUGACUGGGAAAUCAUGCAGGGGCUGCGCACAGGCCAGCGCUGUGAUGACAAGCCAAAAAAAUUUGAGGGCUACCUGCUUAAACGCCGCAAGUGGCCACUUAAAGGAUGGCACAAGCGGUUUUUUUGCCUUGAGAAGGGGAUCCUAACGUAUGCAAAGUCUUCAACGGAUAUGGCAAAGGGAAAAAAUCAUGGGUCUGUUGACCUUGGGCUUUCUGUGAUUUCCACCAAAGGCAAAGGGCGGCGAAUUGACAUUGAUGCUGAGGAAUUUAUUUAUCAUCUAAAGGUGAAAAAUCAAGCGCAGUUCCAGCAGUGGGUGUCUCAGUUGCAGCAUCACCGGCUCUACCGACAGCAUGAAAUUACCUUUGGUAGCCGGGAAGCACCCAAAAUGACCUCGCCUGCUGCCGAGGACUCUGGCGGUGUUCCAGGGGGCAAUGGACCAUCAGGAUUCGAGCUCAGCAACUUGACCUCAGCCAUGCUGCUAGAAAAUUCUCGUCUAAUACGCAGCCCAUUAAACCAGCAGCAAAGUCGUGUGGCUGCUUGGAUCCUGGACUCAUCAGCCAUUGACCAUGGGAACAAAGAUGCUUCAAUGCUCCAAGAGAAGUUGUUCCAUUUGUCCAAUCUACUGCAGCUGAUUGAAAAUAGUCCCAGCACAAUGUCUUCAAAUUACCUUGAGAUUCCCGAGAUGGAGCAUGUGGUUGGAGGUCAAAAGAAAGAUCGCAAGCGGUUUCACCUGAAACGCAUCCGAAGAGGCAAAAAGGACUCUGAGCCUGGUGUGGCAAGCAAAGGGGGCAGCAGUGGAAGCAGCAGCAGUGGGAAGCCACCACUCAAUGUUGAAAUAACAGUGUCGCAGGAUGCAGCUGGCGCUAAUGAUAUUUUUGCCAGUAUGGACAACCUCACAGAGGCAAAUCGCUCUGAAAAGUCGGAUGGGUCUGCCAUGCUUUCGAUACGAGACAUGGGCUACCUGAGUUGUUCACACCCUUCAUUGGCAUCUGAUGGGACUCUGGUUGGCUCUGUGCCUGACAGCAAUGCAUACUGCUCAUACGACACUACAGGUGUCUUCAAGCACAUGGAGCAGUUUCUUUCUCUGGCUAAGGAAGUGCAUUCAGGCCUGCGAACCAUGCUGCGCAGUCUACAAACCGAGAGAGAGCGCCUUAAGCAGCACUUGGAGUCUGAGAGUGCUGCCAGCUGUGGCAGCAAUGCUGCAUUGAUCGCAAAUCUUAAGAACGCACUGACACAGGCAGUUCAGCAAAACUAUGACCUUCGUGCCUGCCUAAAGAAGAUUCACGAAGAGACUGAUCCGUCAACUUUCCCAGCAGCUGAUGGGUCGGCAGCAGAAAGCUUUGAUGAGCCAACGCUUGUGCAUCAACCUGUGCAGCAGUCGGUGUCACACGAGAGCUCGUCCGCACUGUCAACAUCGGAGUUCUUUGACGCAGCUGAAAAGUUGUCACUGAGCAGCUCUUCCUCAGAGGAAGAAGAAGAGGAAGGCAGCUUUUGCAGUGAGGUGUCUGAUGAUGGCACUGAAUAUGCACCGGGUGCUGAGGGCAAUCUCACAGACCGCCCUCCAAUGUCUCAAGGGCGCCGUUCAAAGCUGCCAGCUCCCAAACCUGAUGCAGGCGACACAAGCUUGUGGAACUUACUGUGUAAGAACAUUGGCAAGGAUUUGUCCAAAGUGAGCAUGCCGGUGACCAUCAAUGAGCCCCUGAACAUGUUACAAAGGCUGUGUGAAGAACUGGAAUACAGCGAUCUGUUAGAUAAAGCUGCUUCAACUGAAGACCAUUUUGAACGAAUGGUGUGCAUAGCUGCCUUUGCUGUCUCCGGCUACAGCUCAUCCUAUCAUCGAGCUGGGCACAAACCUUUCAACCCAUUGCUUGGAGAAACUUACGAAUGCAUUCGAGAGGACAAGGGUUUCCGGUUCAUUGCAGAGCAGGUGAACCACCAUCCACCUGUUUCUGCCUGCUAUGCUGAGUCUAAGAACUACAAGUUUUGGCAAGAUGUUAGGAUCAAAACCAAAUUUUGGGGAAAGUCUAUGGAGAUCCUCCCAGUGGGCUCUGUUCACCUCGAGUUGUUGAGCUCUGGAAGUCACUACCAAUGGAACAAGGUGACCACAUGUGUGCACAACAUCUUUAGUGGCCAGCGGUGGGUGGAUCAGUACGGUGAAAUGACAAUCCGAGACCUGUCCCAUGAUGUGACCUGCAAAUUGACUUUUGUAAAGGCCAGCUAUUGGUCUGACAAACGCCAUGAAGUUUUUGGAACUGUGGUCAACAAGCAGGGAGAUGUCAUUUGCAACCUCUCAGGACAGUGGACCGAAGCCAUUUACUGCGGUGUCGCCCCUGCAGCAAAGUGCAUCUGGAGGCCUGGAACAAUGCCUGAAGACUAUGAGCUGUACUAUGGUUUUACACGGUUCGCCAUUGAACUGAAUGAACUUGACCCACAAAUGGCCAAACUGUUGCCUCCAACUGAUUCAAGGUUCCGGCCAGACCAAAGGCUGUUGGAGGAGGGCAACAUUGCUGCAGCUGAAGCAGUAAAGUCUCAGUUGGAGCAGAACCAGAGGGAACGGCGGAAGCAGAGGGAAGAACAGGGCAUUGAAUAUCAGCCAAUGUGGUUCAGAAAAGAGACAACGAAAGAUGGCAAGGAGCAUUGGACUUACACUCACAAAUACUGGGAGACUCGCACAAACCCUGGCUUCAGCAGCAUCUCAUUUCCCGAAAAGCUUUGGGAUUCUCUUUAACACAGCAGGGCUCACUCACGCACAGUGCCAGAGUGGUGGUAGAAGUAUUUGUGGAUCCUUCUUUUUUUGUUUUGUUUUCUUAUUUGUUGCUGUGCAAGUGCACAAUCCGAAUUUUGCAUUAUUUUCACCAUUAACUUGCACUGCUUGUUCUUUUUCCACUCUGAGGGUGUGCGCCUGAAUUCUUUGUGUCACUAACUGUAUAAGCGGCAUUUUGUAGUUUCGCUAGGUGACUACCUCCAGUACAGUGCACACAUCGAAGCGUGGUAUACUCAAGUCCUUGUUGUUUAUUGAUUGAUUGAUGCUUAUCUGUUCGGCGCACAUAUCAUGUGUAUUUGGUGCAUUUUAAUUAGUGUUAACUCUGCUCCUACCCAUGGACUUUCAUGCUAGCAGUACUCCUGCUGGCAGGUGAUAAUUGCUGGGGCAUUCUAGUUGUGUGAUGCUUGUGAGUUUUACAUACUUUGAAUUUUGAAAGAAUAUGCUGCUUCAGAUUGCUCUACUUGGUGACAUUAACCUUGUACCUUCACCAGGGGUGUGGAAAUAUCAAAUUAUUGUUUUUUCUAUUGUUCUCUCAUGCUUUCAUGUUAACAAGGAGUCUGCUCUCUUGAAAAACAUGGAAGAACAUGAUUCACACAUUGUACUCUUUUGACCUGGGUACCAUUAAGCAUGCUCAUUAAUUUGAAGUGCCUGGUUUUAGAAUUGGUGAUUUAAUUUUUAUUAGAACAGCAACUUUUUUCAAGCUUCCAAGUACUAAUAAAUUAUCAUUGUUGGACAGGCUUUUUGAAUAACAAUAAACACAGACACAAAAACAAGCACUGUGGGACAUGUUGUCAAGUGGAACAUCUUAAAAUUGUAAAUAUUCAAUGUGAUCGAUUUGUAUUAUGGAACCAACAAUACCGAGAAACCAACUAGCUGAAAACAAGCAGGGGUAAGUCACUGUGUUUGUCAAGUUGUUACAUGCAUAUCUGUUAAAAUUCCCAGCACCUUAAGGCAACAUCUGGGAGUAAUAUUAGUAUUGUUCACUGCUUGUAGAUGCUAUGGUUGGUGAAAUAAGAGAGGACGUGUGGGCUGUACGCUUAUGCUGCAUAAUAAAUAGAUGUAUAGGAGGUUAUGGGGCCAUGAACGUUUUGAAUGAAUGGAUAUUCAAUCAUUGAUCCUGUAGUGUGUAUUCAUGGUGUGUGUAUAUACUGUUGCACAGUUACUGGGUUUCAUAGCCUGGCCAUAGUGGCUACAUUAUGGGAGAUUGGUAUAAUGGCCAAGUACUUAGGUUUUAGUACUACACAUUGCCACAAAAUGGUCAAAAUCAAUCCAAAGCACUUCACUACAGGAUUUCUCACAAGCAAGGCAUUGCUUUUGGGUAUGAACCCCAUCAAUCAGUCAUCAAACAAAUAGUUAAGUUCAUUUUAGCAACGUUAACUUCUUUCUAUUUUACGACUUGAACUUGUGCAUUAUUUUCAAUGCUCUGUUGGAUCUCAGCUUUCUGUUAGCAGUGUUUGAGAAAAGUGCAGUUUUGAUAUUUUCACACCCCUGUGUAUAGAUACUGUUGAAGUGGCCAGUUUGUACAACACAUUGAUACAAUGUGUUUGUAUUAUUUGCUACAAGGAUUUUAUCAUUUACUUGCUGCCAUGUCAUAAGAUGCCAAGGACUACAUUCUGCAGUGCUGGUGCGUGAAAACUGCUUUAACAGGUUUGGGUUGCUGUUGAAACCCUCGAGUUUGCCUUAACAUGUGGGACAGUUUUGACCAGGUGCACUGACUGGCCCACAUUCUUACCUAGCCAUGUACCAUCCCGAUACACGUGAUGCUUCCAUAUAUGAGUAGGCAGGCACAGUUCAGUGUCUGUACAACAGUAGUCUUUCGCUCUGUAUAAAAACGAGAGGCAGCCACUCUUAUACAUAAGAAAAUAACCUAGCUAGAAUGAAGUUCACCUUUUUUUUUUCCUGUGGUCACUGAAGGAGCCCUGGAACACCUUUGCUUGCCUUUUCCCAGAUAUCAGUCCAUUUUUCACUCUUUCAUCGACAUUGUGUUGCAGUGCAUUUGAUAAAGGUGCCAACGUUUGACUUUCUUAUUUGUAAAUGUCGAUUAUGUUUCGAAGCACAUUGAUAAAAGGUUAAAAUUAAUGGGUUCAGAGCAUUAUUUUGGAGGAACUUUUAAGUGUCUCUCUUUGGCAGCUGCAUGCUACUUUCAGAUAAUGGCAACUUUCUCUUAAAUGACUCUUCUUUCAUCUUGAAGAUUUCUGCAGAAUGGAUUCAGUUAUUCAGUGUUCCUCUGCUUCUAGAUAUCAAAUUAACUACCCCCUCGCCUUGCCAUAUACUAGCCUCCCAAUUAACUCGGUUGAAAAAGUGGCUACCCACUGAAAGGGUGUGGUGCUGGUUAACCGAAGCAGGAUGAAUUUUUGUUCAGAUAUGAAGCUUUUGUUAUGUUUAGCCCGUGUGGGUUUCCUUGGUAGCUUCAAGUGGGCACCAACGUUCUCUUGCAUGUUUAUGCAUGGCUGCUUAACCCUUUGAGGGCUUUUGCCAUACAUGCACGGUGGCGGUUUUCUGCUCCGCAAGGUCUUUGCCAUACGGGUACGUUUUUGACUGUCCGUUUGCAAUUUCACGCCGUAAUGAUGAUGCAUGCUCACUGGGAGGUGCUGCCUGUCCUACAAGCAUUUGAAAUGAUUGUGCUACCUUCUUGCGGAGAUAAAACAGAACUGAUUUCCAGCUUCAGCGUGUCGCAUGCUCUGUGGCAACGCCCUUUCGUGAUUUCGGUUUCGCCAUGUGAUCGCAAUGGAGGCGCGCGAAACUUGAUUUUUAUCUUUGUCGGCACUCCCUUGCAGGGGCGGCGCAAGUUGAUUUCCGUCUUUAUUGGCGCUGCUAUUAGCUUGUUUAUCACCAACGCUCACGAGGUAUUGUCGCUGUCCUUGUUUACUGUGUUUACUCUGCUUAAGGCAGCCGCACACAGAAAAGAUGUCGUGUGUAUUAACACAACUCGUCGCUCGAAGAGGAGAAUGGACAUGCAUUUUAUGUGUGCAUGCUGCGAUAAGGCGCUGUGCGUAGACCCGUGUUUCAAGGAUAUCACGCUCUGAAAUGCUAUUGAGCAUAUUGCAGCUCUGAGUGAUGCUGACAUCAAAAUACUGUUCCUGAUUUUUUUUACAAUUCUUUCAUGACUUUAUACAUUUGGUACAUUCAAAAUCCGCAAUAAAGUAAUUUGACCAUCUGGGAAACCUUUUUUUAAAAAAAUUCGACCCUCAAAGGGCUAACAGCGGGUGUGCCUUGGUCCCACUUCGUAUCUGGCGUGCCAAUGACAAGGGGAGACAAAUAGCCUCAAUGACAAAAAAACAGUAGCAUCUGUAAAAGGUGUUUCGGGGCCCCUUUAAAAGUUGUGUCUGCAGCAGUUUUAGAGACAGAUUUAAUAGGGCUGGGCUUUGCUGUCCCUCUUUUUCUUUUUGCUUUGCCAGUUGGCUUAAUUGUGUUAUGCUUGUAACCUUCAGCUGAAUCCUGCAGGCAGGUGUGUCAGUUGAGGUUAUGCAUUAAUUUUGAAUUUGAAGUGAAUUGUGUUUAUGGUUAAAAGGCCAUGCCUUGUGGCUUUGUAGUGCUUCUUAGUCCAAGGAAUGUGGGUGUGCCAUUGAGCUAUGAGACACACAUUGCAAACACUGUGAUUUGUUGAAGUGUUGAGGCGGCAACUGCGAGUGUUGCCUCCAAAGAAUAAAGCCGCACAAAAGCCGAAGCAUUAAAAAAAAAAUGGAAGCGAGUGGCAACAGAGAUAGUGCCUCAUGGUGAGAGAGAGCCAAACAAACAAAAUCUUAUUCGCACAGUCCGCUUGUGGAAAGUGUGCUACAAUCUUUUAUGUAUGUGGAGCACUUGUGAUUCAUGAGUGCAUUUGUGCAGUUGAGUCAGUAAUAAUUACAGUAAUAAGAGAACAUCAGUAAUAAUAUAUAGUGUUAACUUGAUGUGCUAUAAAAAGUUUCAAGCUGGAAUUUUAUGUCUUACUAUAUGUUGUUUGUUUAAAAACAGAAAUUGCUGUUACAGGUUGGAGACACAAAGGGUAUUUUUGUGUAAGUGCAUCCAAUCAUGUUUCUGUGCAUGGCUGUCUGUCUAUUGGGCAGUUCUUGUGUUACAUUCAGGUCUGCUGAAGCACUUUUUUUUAAAGAAUUAUUUGUAAGGGCUAUUCGACAAAAACAGGCAAGCUAUCUGCAGAAAAAUGUACUUAUUGUUUUAGACAGUGUUUCUUAAGGUGUGUCUUUUUUUAUGAGCAUCACAUUUGAUAUAAACCGUACUUUUUCCAAAAUUUGGUAGUGAUGUGGAUAAUUUUGUCAUUUCUAGGUGUUACCUAAAUGUUUAUAUUGUUGUAAGGUGUGCUGUUGGCAAAGAUUUGGGGCUGCUAUGAUAGUAACUAACUUAGCGAACAAAAGUCCUACUUGCAGUUGGUUUGUUCAUGCCCAGAACUGCUCGAGUUACUUUCGUUUAUUAGGUGCUGCAUUUAGCAGUCUUGUAAUGAGAAAAAAAAGUGCAUAUGAUACCAUUGUUGCACUGUCUUUGUGUUGUGUUUUGUUUGUACAUUUGUGACAAUCAGAAAUAAUCGUGAUGCACUCUGACGACUAUCAGGACAUGCUGUAGACAAUUUUGGUGUGCGUUGACCAAGGCUAUUGUCGAGUGGUGAGUAAAGCCUUGCUUGAGCUAUUUGAAGAGCUUUACUGAUGCUUAAUCAUGUUUUGCUUGCUUCUUUUUUUUCUCUCUCUUCGGGGUGAAUUUGAUUCUAACAGACCCUUGCAUAGUAUUUACUUGUUGGCAACUGUUACAGUUUUCAAUGCUGAUAAGGGGAAAAUGUGUGAAAAGAAAUUGCGUCCAUGGUCCCUGCGAAAGGCUACACCUCUGCUUGUUGAGUGAUAUACCUAAACUUGUCAAACAGGCAUGUGUAGGGGCUUUUGUACUGUUAAUGAGAGCAAGUAACAGUGAAGGCCUGUGGUUUUUGUUUGCAAGAGUUGCAUGCUUGCAAUGAACAGAGGCUGGUUCUGUAUACACUAAAAGAGUUUACAUCUUCCACACUUGUAGCUGUGCCACUGUGAUGAUGGAAGUUGUUGCACUGCAUAUCCCUCUGAAUCAAAGUCUAGCCUUGUGUGCUCUUGGGCAUCCAUGCAGUUGUUUUUUUUUUUUUUUUUGUCUUUUUAAGAUGCUUGUGCAAGCUCAAGACAUAUUUUGGUAGCUGCACUUAUUGCAUUUUCUGAAUGGCCUAAGUGUGAAUCAAAGGCUGGUCCUUGUGGCUUCUUGUUUAGGAGUAGUGAGAAUUUUAUUCCCUUAUUAAGAUAUCAAUCUAAGUAAAAUAAUUUGCAUUCCCCGUUAGCUGUCCUAGUAAAAUCAUGGUAAGGUGCACGAGUGCGGCUUGCAGGUAUGGAGAUUAGCAUGACAGGGAUUAUGUAUUCUUGCACAAUUUAGGUGCCUUUCUGGCUGAAUUUAUUUGUGUUUCACAUUUAAUAUGAUUAGUUCUUACGUUUGCUGGUACACUGGUUCUUUUAAGUGGCCCUUUGUGUGUAAUGUUGCUUAAAGGAACUGACAACUGAUUCUUAUGAUACCCGUUUUUUAUGGUGCAAUAGAAAGGCCGUUGGUCACAGUGCCUGAUCCUACAGUGGGAUCACAAAACAAUGGCGAACAUUUUUUUUAAUGAAAAUUUCUGAUUCUGCAGUCACAGUCGUGUUCAUGAGGUCAUACACUCGAAACAUCCUGGAAAUAGGGAUGGGUAAGCAUAACAGUGAUUGUGCACUGGCAUUGGUGGCAAGCAAACAACGAGCAUGGCCCAAGCUUUAAAGUAAUAUUUUUAUUUACGAAGCCGACAUUCGUACAGUUCAUGCUUUCGAAAAUGUUUAAUUAUUUCUUAUGUGCUUUUCUGUCCAGCUGCUUCGGUCAUGUACAAGUCCUGCAUUCAUUACGUAACAGCGCGAAAAGAACAGGAAAACUUUCGAAAGCACACAUACGACAGGACACGGCGCUGCAGGCACUGUGGCACACUGCAGGCACAGUGUGCCUGCAGGACACAGGCUCAGUGUGCCUUCGAAAGUUUUCCUGUUCUUUUCGUGCUGUUACAUAAUGAAUGAAUACCAACUAGCCCGGUUUACUGUACAAGUCUUGAAACUAUAACUGUUUAAAAGUUUAAUUCCUUCUUAAAUUGUGAGUAGGACAUUUGAUUCUUUCAAGAUAAAUCACGGUGUUUUCAUUUCUAGCAACGUCUUGUGGCAUGUUCUCGAUGGUUGUCGGUCCCUUUAAGGCAUAAAUUCGUUGUGCCCAGUUUCACUACAAGCUGAAAGUAAUUGUUUUCUGGUGCUUUUUAGGAUUUACAGUGAACUAGUGUUUUGAUCUCUUAGUUGUGAAUGUGGAAGUAUUUUUGGAUGUGAUCUAGCAAUGUGUGGUGCACCUUGCUUGUAUGCUUUACUGCUCAGUGCAGCAAUGAUUCAGAAAUGCCUUGAUCACUGAAAAGCUAUAGAUUCUCGGAAAAAGAAGGGGAUUGUGAACCAAGGAAGAAGAAAGUGUAGACUGCGACAUCUUUUCGAAUAUUAAUGUCAGCAGCCAGCAGUUAAGAACUGUAGUGGAGUUUAUUGCCCUGUGUAAAUAUUGAGCAUGGCAUGGUUUUGUGUAACAAGAUUUUGGCUUAUGGGGGUCUUAUUGCUUAGUGAAUGUUGGACAGGAUUCCAGCUUGCUUGUUUUGUGUGUACAUUUAUAGGCUGGAGCAGGCCUUAAAGAUAUUUUUCUGGAGACCACCAUUUUCCAGACUGAGCCAUUCGCCAAGUGAUCGUUAAGAUUAGCCCUACUUUACAAUUUUAAAGGGCUUAUUUAGGUCAGCGUACUUUUUUAUUUCUGUGAUGAGAGAGUAAUAGACAGUUAGGUCUUAUAAUAUUUUAUCCACAUGAAUUGUCAUACUGGUAAAUUGGCAUACAUUUAUGAGGUGUACCUGCUGAAAUGCUGGAUAUGUUACUGUAGCAAAAUUGUUCAUGGUUUAAAUAGAUGAUACCUCUGCCCACUUGUGGCAUGUGAAAAUGUUUGAGUGGGUUAUUGCACUUUGGAUGUUAAUGUUAGAUUUGAUUGCUUGACUCUUUGGGCCAAAGUAUAGCUAGGCAGUGAUGGGCAUCAACUAUUUGUACGUAGUUACCCUUCUGUGCUGCCCUGUUUAGUAGUUUCAACAACUAGUUUACUACUUUUCAAGCAGUCUAGUCAAGAUAUGCUAACCACCACUUACUGGGCAUUUCAAUAGCCUCGUUUGUAUGGGCAAUUCCUGAACACUGGUCUGUGCACUACAAUACUAAAUUGGUGCAAAAUUCCACAUGCUGACAAAAACUUCAUACCUGAUUUAUAGAUGAUAGGUCGAUAUAAUUUCUUGUUUCCCCAGAAAUGUCAUAGAAAACUCUGUAUGCUACGACAUGCAUUCAUUUGUGGCAGCAGAUGUAAAAUAUCCAAGGGUCAUGAAGCCUCUUUCAGUUUUAAAUAGCCUUUAGUUUUUAUUAUCAAGGGCCACAAGGAUGCAGAAUAGCUUUAGAGUGAUUACAAUGUUCAUAAAAUUUUGUUACCAACAAAGCUGAAAUUGUGCAUUUGUGAGCUGAGGCACUAUGGAACUUGUAUUGUGACAUCGAAUUACCUGGUGAGAGCAUGAGCAUUGAAGUCAACGCACAUUUGAGCUUGGAAAAGCAAGCAUGACCUUUGAAAACACAUUAACUCUGGGAUCAUGAUGAAGCUUGAAUGACAAGCACGUUUUAGUGUUGAGAGAAUUUAGGCUAAAACUUCAAGCAAAGCAGGUGAUCAUACAUAUCGUUCGUUCUAAAGUCCUGCUUAGUUUUCAUAGAAGGGUAUUGUGAAUUCACGUGAACUUAAUCCCAUUUAGAUGAGGGUGAGAAGAAAAGGUGAAAUGAAAUUUCUUCUGUACAGGGUAUCUUGCAUUGUAUGUUAUGGCUAUGCUAGUUGCUGCGCGGGUAUCCAUACUAUGGUAGCACUGUAGGAAUCUUCAUUUUUUUACUUUAAAAAACGACAAUUGUUAAGCAGUCUUACUGCCAUUGGAUAUAUCAAGUGGCACUCUUUGCAGAUUGCAUAGUUUUCUAAUUAUCUUCACUUUGCAUGCAUAUAAGAUGAGACACAGAACAUUGCCACUUGCCGCGGCUUGUUGUCAUCGCAUCUUCAAAGAUUUAUAGAACAAAUUUGUAGCAUCACUUGCCAAUCAUCAGUUUCCCAAAAUAGAGAGGUGCCUCAUUCAAUAGAGUGCAGCAUAUUCCUUGCCCCGCCACGGUGGUCUAGUGGUUAUGGCGCUCGACUGCUGACCCGAAGGUCGCGGGAUCGAAUCCCGGCCGCGGCGGCUGCAUUUUCGAUGGAGGCGAAAAUGUCUGAGGCCCGUGUACUUAGAUUUAGGUGCACGUUAAAGAACCCCAGGUGGUCGAAAUUUCCGGAGCCCUCCACUACGGCGUCUCUCAUAAUCAUAUCGUGGUUUUGGGACGUUAAACCCCAGAUAUUAUUAGCAGCAUAUUCCUUUUUUUUUUUAAAUUUUCAAUUCAUAUAGUCACCAGCUUACAAACCUUGUGGAAGAUAUUUCAACUGGAAAUUCAGAUAAAAGCAUGGUGUUCAAUGCAAAAUAAUUAUGGCAUUGUUAACCACCUCCUUCAUUUGUUAUUCUUUUAUAUGGCAACAACUUUCUUUUUUUCUACAUGUCUGCAUAUCUGCUGCCACAUGCCAAAAUCGCUUUUUAUAUUUUUAUUCUGUUUUUCACUUAUUUUACCAUCCUAAAUUUUAAACUAGGUGCUUCUACAAUUUAAUCGUGUUUUUAGGCCUCUUUUCUGAAAUCAGUUCCUGUGGUUCACCUUGUUCUCCACCUUUUAAGUACGCACGUGCGUGUUUGUAUUCAGUGCACCCAGUGAAUACUAAAGCAACAUAUACAUGCAGUAAAAAAUUGAGGCAUCUUGAACAAUGCUUAAAACCUUAGCAUAUGCUAUAAUCGUUGAGAGCAUGCCAUGCUGCCAAAAGUACCAUUUAAAGUGCUCAUUAAGGUUCCUUUUUGUUUCAUAGUUAUGGACACAUGCAGCGACUUGAAAAGUAGUUUAAACUAGUUGUUUAACUAAUAUGUUAGCUGUUGCCCAUCACUAGCUAGGAUAUAGAUGUCUUACUGCAGGUACAGGCAAACAAUGUUUAGGGGAGAUAUGUUCCAUAUCAUAUUUACCAGUAGCAUGCUUGAUAGGAAUUUAAGAAAUACUGUUUAACCACCUGGAUAUUAGCCACAGCAGCUGUAGUUAUGAGUCAUUGACUAGCAGCUUGCUUAAGAGAAGAAUUUGUCAACUCUAGUUGGUGCAUAGGCUUGGCUUUCGUUUUUAUUGUAUUUAUUCUUUUUUAUCCUUUGACAACUUGAAGUGCACCUCUUUUGUCGACUGCAUUCCUUUCUUCAAUCUCUGAAAUCCCUUGCUUGCAGGUGUUCCUAAACAGGUGUUAGGCCAUUCAAGCAAUAAUAGCAGCAGAGCGAACCCACUUGUACCUCUUCUUUUAAAAAAAAAUUGUUGCAUGUUUGUGCAAGCUCAAUGCUUUUCGACACUGCGUUUUUAUUGUUGUGAAAAAUAAAAAGUGGCAGAGAGGCUGUUACAGCCAUGUGCUUCUGGCAUAGACA